AUGGAAUAUUACUUAAAGAUCAUACAAUACACGCUAGACAUUGUGUGCAGUUUCGCUCUUGCGGAAAAAACUUUUCAAGAUGAAACAGUAUCUGCAGAAUAUAUAAGUCAGUCCGAUUCAGAGGCUUUAAUUAGUCAAAUUGACGAAUUUUCAAAACUUUUCGAUUUCCAAGAUGUUCAAGUUCUUAGUGAUGGUGUUUUGAAUGGAUUUAAUGAGUCAGAAUUUUUGGAAGCAAUGCGCAAAGAUCACCCGCAUGCUCACCUUAAUGUCAUAGGAAUGAUCGAUCUAUAUGAGUAUAAAUCAGAAGUACACAAAGUUGAAACUGAAGAUCAAUACAUCCUCGAACUGCACAGGAUAACGGGUAACAAGACGGUACCAAGCCCUCAUGGUAAACCUGUGGUGUUUAUUAUGCACGGAAUACUUGCAUCAUCGUCUGAUUGGGUUAUUGCUGGCCCAGAAAGAGGAUUGGGUUUUUUCCUCGCUGACGCGGGAUACGAUGUCUGGAUGGGUAAUGCUAGAGGCAACAGAUACUCACGUGUGCAUAAAUGCUUGAGUACGAAACAAAAGAAGUUUUGGAAGUUCUCAUGGCACGAAAUUGGGAUUUAUGAUUUACCCGCCAUGAUUGACUACGUUUUGAACACAACUAACAAUAAAGAUCUAUCGUACAUCGGACACAGCCAAGGAAGCACUUCAUUUCUUGUUAUGCUGAGUGAACGUCCAGAAUACAAUGAUAAAAUAAGAGUGAUGUUCUCACUCGCCCCGGUUGCUUAUUGCUCGAACAUGUACAGCCCGAUUAUGAGAUAUCUGUCAAAAUUCGAGAAGUCUAUUAGGGUGGUGCUGGACAGAGUUGGGCCUUGGGAGCUUUUACCUAACAGAGGACUUUACAAACUGAUAACUUCAAGUGUUUGUAAAGGAAGUUUUCAAAAAAUUUGCCGCAAUAUCUUGUUCAUCGUUUGUGGCUUUAACGACGAACAAUUUGAUAUUUCGUUGAUGCCCGCUAUUAGCGCACACCUUCCAGCCGGAUCCAGUAUUUAUCAGUUGUUCCAUUAUGCUCAGUUGAUAAAGACAGGCCACUUUAGACAGUUUGACGAAAAAAUACUUGGUAGUUCGAAUCCACCAUCCUACAACUUUAAAAACAUCAAAACUCCGAUUUCUCUCAUCUAUGCCGACAACGACUGGCUUUCUGAUGCAAAGGACGUAAAGAAACUCUACUCAAAACUUCCUAAUCCUAUUGACAUGCGCGCAGUGCCCAACAAAAAGUUCAACCACAUUGAUUUUCUUUAUGGAAUCGAUGUCAAAACGCUUGUAUACGACGACAUAUUGAAAACUAUGUUGGAUUAUCAAAACAUUUCCAACGCCAUAGUACCCUAA